AUGGAGAGAAUAGUAAACGCAAUAAUCAAUAUUUCAGAUGGAAUAUGUUGCUUCAAUAAUUAUAUCUUGAAAAACGAGGAGCAACAUUCUAAUGAAGUAUACCAAGAUGUUAGUGACUAUCACUCUUAUUUAACUACGAAGCCAAAUGUAAUUAACAAUGAUGUCUUCAAAAGGAGUUUGUUUACAUUCACAGACAAUGGGAAUGAAUAUCUUGAAGUUUCAAGAAAUAACAAAUUGUUCGGCUCACCAGUAUCCCUUAAAAGCUACUUCCAGAAGUCCAAAAAUGAUGUAAAACAGCAUGUAUUUAAUCAUCUUGAAAUCGCCCAAUGUGAUAGCAUAGCUCAAACUAGCUGCAGCUUUAAUGAACCCAUUAAUUACUAUAAAAUUAGUGAAAUAAAAAAAAGCAUUGUUAUCCCUAAAUCGAGGUUUGUCUCACAUAAUUCAAAUGCAUUUGCCAAUAAAGAUUUUAAUUUAUCCAAUUCAAAUAGUACUCCUAUUUCUUCCGAAUCAAAUACUUUAAAUACUAAGUUAAAAACUAAUAGGAUAGAAAAAGAAUGUAUUGAAGAGAAACGUACCCCAAAAAGUAAAUAUUUAGAAGUUCCCACAGUGAAUAACCUACAAAUUAAAAGCAACCCACCUCUUUCAAAAGUGAAUAAUAACCCAAUUCAAAGGACGCCUUCAAUGCCAACAAUCAAGCAAUAUAAGGUAGCUACUAAAUGCCCUGAUCCUCUUAACUCUGACAACAAAAGUGUAAAUAACGAAGAAAACAAAGUCGUCUUAACAAAAUAUGGGGCAUACUUGCUUGGACUUUAA